ACACUUUCAAGAUGCCCGUGAAUUUUACCUUCAAAAUCUUCAAAGAAAAAGGAGUAAUAUAUCAGAGUUGGAACGUCAAUAUAGAAGAGCUCUAGAACGUUUAGCCGAAGGAUACAAAUUAUUU